AAAGCCAUUUAGAGGAUGGAGCUGGACCUACCAGGAGGAGGAGGAGGAGGAGGAGGAGCUGAGGAAGGGCUGAUCGAGUUCUACGGCUCCUUCAGGGAGAUGUUUGAGUUCUUCUGCAAGAACACGACGAUCCACGGCACCGUCCGCCUGGUGUGCUCGGGCAGGAACCGCAUGAAGACGGCCUUCUGGACGCUGCUGCUGCUGGCCAGCCUGGCCAUGCUCUACUGGCAGUUUGCCCUCAUGUUCAGCCAGUUCUGGGCCUACCCCGUGGUGCUCACCAUGUCCGUGGACUCCGAGCCCAAAAUGUUCCCGGCCGUCACCAUCUGCAACCUGGAUCCCUCCAGGUUUGAGCUGGUCAGUGAGCAGCUGGAGCAGCUGGAGCGCAUGGCCGAGGAGUCGCUGACCUUCCUGUACGGCCCCAAGGCCGCGGCCAGGCUGUCCCAGCUCAGGGACAGGGACAGGGACAGGGCCAGCGCCAUCCGUGUCCAGGCCUGGGCCAACCUCAGCAGCGCCGGCUUCAGGCUCAGCCACAACUUCUCCCUGGUCAGGAUGUGGGAGCCCAAGGCCGGCAAAAAACAUUCCAGAGUGGGAUUCCGGCUGUGCAACUCCACGGGCGGGAAUUGCUUCUACACCUCGCACCCGUCGGGCACGGAGGCGCUGCUGGAGUGGUUCCGCUUCCACUACAUGAACGUCAUGGCCCAGCUGCCCCCGGGGCUGGCCCAGCACCAGCAGCACUUCCAGGACCUGGUCUACUCCUGCCAGUACGACGGGGAGCCCUGCCGGCCCGGUGACCACGUUCACUUCCACCACCCAGUUUUUGGGAGCUGCUACACCUUUAACAGCGAGGGGACAGAUCCCUUCUGGGCAGCCACCAAGCCAGGAAUUCCUUACGGGCUGUCCCUGAUCCUGCGGGCCGAGCAGAAGGAGCACAUCCCGCUGCUGUCCACGGUGGCCGGGGUGAAGGUGAUGAUCCAUGGCCACAACCAGACCCCGUUCCUGGAGCACGAGGGCUUCCACAUCCGCCCGGGCAUCGCCACCACCAUCGGCAUCCGCCAGGACCAGGUGAAUCGCCUGGGUGGAAACUACGGCAGGUGCACCACGGACGGGGCCGACGUGGCCGUGGAGCUGCUCUACAACACCUCCUACACCCUGCAGGCCUGCCUGCAGUCGUGUUUCCAGCGGGCCAUGCUGCAGCGCUGCGGCUGCGGCUACUUCUACUACCCGCUGCCCGCCGGCGCGCGCUACUGCGACUACAGCCGCCAGCCCGCCUGGGGGCACUGCUUUUACCAGCUCUACUCCCGGCUCAGGAAUCACCGCCUGGAUUGUUUCCAGCACUGCCCCAAACCCUGCAGGGAAUCCCUGUACAAGGUCUCAGCAGGCACGGCCAAGUGGCCCUCGGCAAAAUCCCAGGACUGGGUGCGCCAGGCUCUGCGGCACCAGAACGGCUACAACUCCAGCAGCAGCAGGAGGGACAUUGCCAAGGUCACCAUCUUCUACCGCCAGCUCAGCUCGCAGGCCGUGCACGAGGCCCCGCUGCUCUCGGUAGGUGCCAGCUCCUCCCGGCCCUUCCCGAGGAAUUCUUAUGGCUUUAUUUCCCUGGCAGCAGGGAGGGAUUUUUCCAGCUGCCUGCAGGAAGUCCUUGGGAAUUUCUCUUUUUCCCAACCCCGUGGAUUCCAUGGGUGCCACCAGCAGAAUUCCUCUUCCCAGAGCUCAGAUAAAUUAAAAAAUCUGAGUUUUUUCCCCCAGGAGAACCUGCUGCUGUCCAGCAUGGGCAGCCAGUGGAGCCUCUGGUUCGGCUCCUCGGUGCUCUCGGUGGUGGAGAUGCUGGAGCUGCUCCUGGACACGCUGGUGCUGUCCCUGCUCUGCUGCCUGCAGCGGCUCCGGGCCAGCCCGGGGGGCUCCAGCCCCAGAUCUGUCGGGUUUUGA